AUGUUUUACUAUUUGGUGCUUCUGGGAUCGCUAUAUUUGUGCAGCACAGAGCUUCUCAGACGUCCUAAAAGAUCCUGGAUUAUAGAUUACUUUGAGAUUGUGGAGGAAUACCCAGGACCUUUUCCAUAUGAUUUGGGACAGGAAAGUACUGAAAGAAUUAAACUGGAACGUAGCUAUUUAGUGGACUACAUGCUAAAAGGCAAAGGUGUGGAUGAAGAGCCAAAGGGUGUCCUUUCCAUUGAUUCAAAAACAGGAGUAAUUAAAGUCCACCGCAAAGUUGACUUUGAGCAGCACAAAGUUUUGGUGCUGAUCUUCCAAGCAAGAAAUAAGUCCAACCUGGCUAUAGACACACGACUAGGCAUGGAGGUCAACAUACGAGACAUCAACGACAACCCGCCAGUCUUCCAGAGAAAGAUUUAUGAGGUCACUCUACAUGAAGCAACUAAACAGGGCACGUUUGUUGUAGGUGUAUUAGCAAUUGAUCAAGACGAACCAGGAACUCUUAAUUCCACUAUUGAUUACAAACUCCUCUCUGUAACCCCGAGCACUAAAAAUGCAGAAUUCUACAUCCAAGAUAGUGGCACAAUAUCUUUUAAAGGAUGCCUGGAUUAUGAGUUGGCUAAUAAAUACACUAUACUGGUUGAAGCAAAGGACCGUGGAGAGGUUGUAAAGAUGUCAAGCACAGCUACUAUAAUUGUCAACAUGCUGGAUGGCAACAAUCAUCCACCAGUUAUCACAGGACAAAUGGGUUCAGUUAAAGUUGUGGAGGGGACAACUGGUACCUCCCCCAUUAGCAUACACACAACUGAUGCUGACACACGUCCCACUGCAGCUUGGAGAGUCAGAUAUUCCAUACAGGGAGAUAAGGGUGGCCACUUCUCCAUCCACACUGAUCCAGACACCAGUGAUGGAAUCCUUACAGUUGCUAAGCCUCUAGACUAUGAAGAGCAAGCUGAACAAAAAAUUACCAUUUCUGUGGAGAACGAAGAACCUUAUUUUUCGUGUGAGGUUAAGGAGCGAUCUGCAAAUGGCCUUUGGACUGUCAUCACAAAUCCAUCAACACCGUCCUCUCGGGAUAUUACCAUUGCAGUGGAAGAUGCCAAUGAUCCCCCAUAUUUCCCAGAGCCAGGGAGGAAAAUCAUCAUGGAAGAGAAUGGAGUCACUGGAAUUUUUGUGGACAGGGCGAAAGCAAUAGAUCCUGAUACCAUGCAUCCCCACAAACUACAGUAUUCCAUUGAACAAGACCCUGCAGGCUGGGUGAGAGUAAAUGAAACAACAGGCGAGAUAUUUUUAAAAGAGAGCUUGGACAGAGAAUCAAGUGAUGUAACCAACAGCACUUAUACAAUCACUGUCAUUGUGACAGAGAAAGAUGACCCUACAGUGACAAGCACUGCUACGAUUCAAAUCUACAUUGAAGACAAGAAUGAUAAUGUCCCCAUGCUACAGGAGAACAUGGUCUCUGUGUGCCAAUCUGAUGGGGUGUCGAGUACAGAGAUCACAGCUAAUGAUCUCGAUGGAGAUCCAUACAGUGGUCCAUUCAGUUUUGAAGUAAUAGGGGAUCUUAAGAAAGAAUGGAACUUUGACCCUAGCCAUGGUAACACAGUGCAUUUGGUGAAACACAAAAGCGUUCAUGUCGGUCUGUACACAUUGGUUGUGAAAAUAUCUGAUAAGCAGGGAAGGCAUGUCCUCCAGAAACUCACUGUUUCUGCGUGCGAUUGUACAGUCUCACCAAACUGUCUUCUGCAGCGCAACUCACAGCAGAAAGCGGGAAGUGGUGUGUUUGGACCUGUCAUCUUUGCCUUGCUACUAAUUCUGGCAUGUCUGCUGCUGUUCCUUACUUACUCUUGUGGGACCGUAAAGUCUCUGCUGCAAGUGGAUCACAACUUUGAAGAUGUCCUGCUGCCUUCUAACAUUGAGAAACCUGGCACAGAUUGUGUGGUCCCGUAUGUUCUACUAAAGAAAACUUCUGAUAUUCAAUCAAAGGAGGCACCUCCUGUCAAUAAUGGUGUUCAAAAGAUAUCUGGCAUUCAGCAGAUACCAAGUCCUCAAAGGUUCUCGGUUCAAACGGAUGAAUACUCAUCCAGAGACAGAUCACAGUACUACUCUACUGAGAACCAACAGACAUUGGUGUGGAAACAAUCCCUGUAUCGUGGUGACAGCCGCUAUCAGGGUACAACACUAAACAGGAAGAGCUCACAAACAAGACAGAACAGCCAUUUCAUCGGCCAAUCUGCCAUACAAAGUUUGCUCUAUUUGAGGCUGCAUUCAAUACAGCUGAUAGAAAAUGAGCUGCCUGAUCAUGAGCCUUACCUUUAUGCUGUUGAGGAUGACUCUGAGAACUUUGACCACCUGGACCCCAUAGACAUGCCCAACUAUGAGUUUGAUCCUGAGCUGCUUUCAGACCUUGGACCAGUUUUUAAGCAUCUGGCUUCAAUCUGUAACCCAGACAAAUGCUCAACAACAUAA